AUGUUCAGCCUCGUCCUCCAGCUCUGCCUCGCGGCUCUCACCUUGGCCGCUCCCAUCGACAGCGACCCCACCUUCACCGUCCAGGCCGAUGCAUGGCAAUAUGGCACUGGAGGCGGCAUCCUGGGCUUCAUUGUCCUCGUGAUUGACGUUUUGGCAUGGAUGGAAAUCCUCAAGUCGAACCGCCCACCGCUCCACAAGAUCCUGUGGUGUGUUUUGAUCUUCAUCCUGCCCGUCGUCGGUGUCAUCAUCUACUGGCUCUUUGCCGACCGAGCCAAGCACAACAGCGGCGCUGGAUACGAGCCUAUUGCUUGA